AUGCAAUAUAGUAUAGAUACAUCAUGUAAGACUAGAGAGAAACCAAUUCCAAAACCGCCUUUCCUCAAGCCGCCAUUUGAGAGGAAGCCCACCGUGGAUGCAGAGGAGGCUCAGAGGAUGACAACCCUGCUGUCUGCCAUGUCUGAGGAGCAGCUGUCCCGCUACGAAGUGUGUCGCCGGUCAGCUUUCCCGAGAGCACGCAUUGCGGGUCUGAUGCGGGCUAUCACUGGCAGUUCGGUGUCUGAGAACGCGGCCAUUGCCAUGGCUGGAAUAGCCAAGGUCUUUGUCGGAGAGGUGGUGGAAGAGGCCCUGGACGUGUGUGAGAUGUGGGGAGAGACGCCCCCGCUGCAGCCCAAGCAUUUAAGGGAGGCCGUUCGCAGGUUAAAGCCCAAGGGCCUCUUCCCCAACAGCAACUGCAAAAGAAUCAUGUUCUAG